AUGAGUGUCGUCAAUGAUGACACAAAGAUCUCCAUUGUGACAUUUGCUGGGAUUGUACAGGAGAAGGCGAUCCCACAGAGUCUAACAGGUUCACAGGAAUUCAACUCCAAGAUGAGCGGGAAUGGUCAUCAAAACUACUGCUCUGGGAAUCAGAAAAUACAGUUUGUUGAGCAGAUAAUGAGACAGAUUUCAGACCUGCCGCUGGAUCGCAUAGACUCACACACUACGGCUUUGCGUUGUCAGGGGAUGCUUCUCAUUGAGGACCUAAGCCAAAUGGAUCCAUCUCUGUGGGCUAGAGAGAAGCUACUCAGCACCUGCAUUUCCAGCAUCUUUGCCUUGCCCUCAGUCAACACCUUACAAAGUCAGGAUGGAGCAACGGUCAACAUACAGGCAUUGUAUGACCAGACUGUGGAGGCUAUGGAAGCAAUGUUACAAUCCCUGUUAUCAGAGAGACCAAACACAACUGAACUGUUUGUUCUCUUAGAUCAUUUAGCACCCUGGAUGACAUCAGGACAAGCACAUGAACGAGCAAGAGCAGUGAACGCCUAUGUAUUCCUGUUAAAACUUGCAGCCGAUGGUCCCAUGUUUCAUGUAUCGCAUGAAUGUCGUAAACUGGGGGCGCUGAUUGGUCAGUUGUGCCUGCGUCUCAAUGACCCCAAGAAGGAGAUUGGUCAACAGUCUAUGGAAGGCAUAUAUUACCUGUACUCCCUUAUAAAGCGCCAAGAGGGCACUGAAAUGAAAACUGAUUCCCUGAUAGCAGAGCAACACCAAAUGUACAAAGAGAUUUUGGGUACCUAUGAUGCUACUAGGCUUCAGCAAAAUAUCACUCAAAUUAUUAAGGGAUUUGAACCACAUCUCACAUCAAGACAAAUGACAGAGAUUUUAUUGGCCGCUAUAGGCUGCCUAAAAGAAGCCAAUAAGAGCACCACUGCGGCAUCACACACCAUUAUAUCUGUCAUCCUGGAGGGGUACAAGCACCAAUUACACAAGCAGGUGCCAGAAAUUGUGGAUAAAAUUUACCAGCAGCUUGGUUCUAUCUACCAGUUCCAGAACAGACAACUAAUGAUGGGGGUCAUGACCAACCUGGCUCAUCCCUACAUGGAAGACGUAUGCUGUGCCCUUCUUCGGUUACCUUUCCCAAUUGACAGGUUUGCUGCUGAGAUGUGGUAUGCGUUGACAAAAUCAUGCUUAGACGAUGAAAUAAAUGUCCUUGUGAACAUACUACUUAAAAAGCUGCAGCUGAGCCCAAAGGCAACUGGAAACUACAUCACACCUCUGGCUGCUGCCACUGCUUUCAGCAAGUUGUUAUCUGUGCCCAAAUGUACCGAUGUGGCACUUAACAUCUAUCCCCGGCUGCUGAUGUCCCUGCUUGUUCAGUUGCACUAUAGCAUCAGGCACAAAGUAAUAAAGAACUCGGAUUCUCAGGAGGAAUCUGAGCCUGCUUGCUAUGUUGUGACAGCACUAAAGACCCUUCUCCUGGCUGUGAGAUGCUAUUAUGAGUUUGCUAUUAUUGAGAGGGAGCAGGGUUGGGAGCUGCUGACCAGCUGUGAAGAUCACCAUCGGGGGGUCAGUCUUCUUGCAAGAGUCAUGCUUCAGGGCUCCUAUUAUUUUGACCUUCUGAGGAUCCUGUACCUCCUAGUUCCCUUCCUGGAACGAGGUGAAGAAGAACACCAGAUCACAGCCUUGGCUUGCUUCGUUGAACUUCUUUGUAUGUCAGAAGCCAGGCGACUUCCUGAACGAUAUUCUCUUCAUCGCCUGAAGAGAGGACUGGUCAAUGAAAACCCAGUUAUCCGGGCAUUGUCUAUCAAAGGACUGGUUAACAUGGCAGACUGGCCAGGGAAGGACGUAAAGCCGUUAUUGCCAGCCAUGACAGAAGGCCUGUCUGGAAUGGAUGGGAGGCUGUUUGUGGAGAGUGUUGCUGAAAUUGAAAAGAUUCUUGCAGGCCCAGAAGGAGCAGAUUGUGUUUGCAAUAUCAGCCUUUCUCUUCAGGAACAUUUCAGUGAUGAACAUGAAAGUGUGCGCGCUUCUGCCAUAUAUCUUUUUGGGAGAAUGGUGAAAUUGGCCAAGAAAAGCAAUAAAUGGAUGAUAAGGCCUCAAGUUCUAGAAAACAUGGUUCCAUUAUUGCUGCAUCUCCAGGAGGAGAACCCUGAUGUCACCAAGAAAUGUAAAUAUGCCUUAGAUGAAUCCUUUCACUUCUUGGGAUGGAAACCUCCAAAGCAGGCUAUCAAUGGGAAAGCUUGGUAUGAGCAUGAAGAAGUUCUGGAUGAAACCUGUCAGUAUCUUGUACAGAAACAAGAGGGAAAUCUCAAGAGAUUCUUGUACCAGGGCCUUUUCUACACCGAGAGUGGACUUCUUUCUAUAAAAAGGGCUUCUAUCAUGUUCCUUGGUUUCCUGAUACUACAUAUGGACAGCAAGGCAGGAAUGGUAGACUUGGAUAUGAUAUAUCAUACUCUUGGAUGCCUGAUGCAUGAUCCUGACGCAUCUGUGUCCAUAGCAGCAGCUCAUGCCCAUGACCGUGUUUUUGCCAUUCUCUCAAAACAGCAGGAUGGGCUCAACGGUAAAAGCAAGCCAGUGGCCAGUAACACUGCUGCUGACAAACCUACAAGGAAUUCCAGAUCCCAGAACUCUAUCCGCAACAGCUCUUCCAGUCUAUUUAGGGUCAUCAAUCUCUGGAAAUCAGCCAACAGAAAUUAA